AUGAAGACGGAAAAGCGAACGAACAAAGGGUCAGCACGCAAACCCGACCAAACUCUCCUCACACCAACCAAAACGCCACGCAGGACCAAGACCAUGAAGGAGCUCAGCGGUCGAAUCCUUCCCUCCGUCGACGAGAGCGUCCUCAGUCGCACAGGCCGGACUUCUAAGAAGAUUUCUGGCUCGACACUGGAGAGCUUUAUUGCAGAGGAGCAGGAGCAAGACUUUGCUAUCUUUAGUGAUACCCGCAACGGUAUCCCGCAGAAGGACGAGGGCAGUCCCUUUUACAACCCGCCCCCCGCAACCAAGAGAUCUGGACAUCUCAAGCGCAAAACAGUCAGAAUUCCCGGGGAAGGUUCCAAGUUGAUUGAUGAAGCUGUGCAUCGCGAAGAUGGCAUGGUUAUGAACUUCCGUGGGAAGACGUACUUUCAGCCAAUCACUAGAGCCGCCGCCGACGAUUCCAAUGAGAUCGAUGAGCUCUCUCAAGGGGACGGGUCGCUAUCCCAUCUCAAGAAGGCCCAGCCCUUCAAGCCGAGGCUGCUGUGGCCGAGUAAGAAGACUGAAGACAAGGACGUGACAGACGAGGAAGAGGCAGCGACAGAUAUUGAGGAUGCGAACUUGCCAGAGUCUGACGACUUGCCUGCUAGCCCCGUCACGCCAGUUCGCAACAAGUCCACAAAGUCGACACCAAAUGCACCCAAAUUCCCUGUGUCACCGCCUGCAACGCAACGGACAACCCGCUCCGCCGAGAAGCUCGCUCACCCAACACCGUCCCGGAGCAAAAGUGGGCGUUCUCAGCAGCCUGUACUCAACUACAACAAGUGGGGAUCCGUCGCCAAGACGCGCAAGACGGCGACGACGACGGGCAAGCGCGCAGCAGAUGAACCCCUCGGUCAGGAUCGCCCCAAACGAGCGCGAUCAUCGGAGGCGCAAACAUGA